CUUCCCUCCCUACCCCCUUGUUCCCUUCCCGUCCCCUUCCUCCGCACUGCCUUCCCCACCCCUUCCUCCUCACUGCCCUCCCGCUUCCCUCUCUCCUCCCCCUGCUCCCCCUCCCCUCCAGAUCAGGGUGCCGGACCUUGAGAAAAAUCUGACGCAGAGCCCGACACGAUUUCCCCCUCUGCCGGGACCGCUGCUGCCCGCCCCGCUGUGCUCAGCCCCUUGUCCCUCCUGCUCUGGGAUUGUCCUGUUUUAAUGCAGACGGGAGGUGCGGUUCUGCGGCGGGAGGAGCUGGUUCCGGCUUCCGAACGGAGGAGCCUUCAGUCGAGCUGGACAGUCUGGAAACACAGAUGAGCAAACUGAGAUUGGGACCGGUCUCCAGACACUGCUGAUGUACAAAUCAUUGAUCCAACAAGCGAAGGAUUUGUUUAUGGGAAUCUCAACCACAACAUCAGAGAAUUCACACUGGGGAGAGGCCGUUCACCUGCUCGGAGUGUGGGAAGGGAGUCACUCGGUCAUUCCAGUUGCUGAUGCACCAACAAAUUCACAGAGAAGAGGCCGUGAAUCUGCACUGAGUGUGGGAAGGAUUUCCUUCACUGAACUCACUUGCAGAAACACGAGCGAGUUCACACUGGGGAGCGGCCAUUCUCCUGCUCAACGUGUGGGAAAGGAUUCACUCAGUUAUCCAACCUGAUAACACACCAGAGAGUUCACACCAGGAAGAGGCUGUACACCUGCUCUGAGUGCGGGAAGGGAUUCACUCAUUCGUCUGAUUUGCUGACACACCAGCGAGUUCACACUGGGAAGAGACCAUUCUCCUGUUUAACGUGUGGGAGAGGCUUCACAGUGUUAUCCAGCCUGAAGUGUCACCGGAGAGUUCACACUGGGGAAUAGCCAUACACCUGCUCUGAGUGUGGGAAAGGAUUCACUCAGUUAUCUGGCUUGAUGACGCACCUGCGAGGUCACACCGGGGAGAAGCCGUAUCCCUGCGCUGAGUGUGGGAAAGGAUUCACUCGGUCUUCCAGUUUGCUGACACACCAGAGAGUUCACACUGGGGAGAAGCCAUACACCUGCUGCGAGUGUGGGAAAGGAUUCACUCAGUUUUCCAACCUGAUGACGCAUCAGAGAGCUCACACUGGGGAGAAGCCGUACACCUGCUCCGAUUGUGGGAAAGGAUUCACUCAGUUUUCCAACCUGAUGACACACCAGCGAGUUCACACCGGGGAGAAGCCGUUCUCCUGCUCAACGUGUGGGAAAGGCUUCACUGUGUCAUCCAGCCUGAUGAGGCACCAGCGAGUUCACACUGGGGAGAAGCCGUACACCUGCUCCGAGUGCGGGAAGGGAUUCACUGUGAAAUCUAACCUGAUAACGCACCAGAGAGUUCACACCGGGGAGAAGCCGUACACCUGCUCCGAGUGUGGGAAAGGAUUCACUCAGUUAUACGGCCUGAUGAGGCACCAGCGAAGUCACACCGGGGAGAGGCCGUACACCUGCUCCAAGUGUGGGAAGGGAUUUACCGUGUUAUUCAACCUGAUAACGCACCAGAGAGUUCACACCGGGGAAAAGCCGUACACCUGCUCUGAGUGUGGGAAAGGAUUCACUACGUCAUCCAGCCUGAUGACACACCAGCGAGUUCAUACCGGGGAGAAGCCAUUCUCCUGCUCAACGUGUGGGAAACGCUUCACUGUGUUAUCCAGCCUGAAGGAUCACCAGCAAGUUCACACUGGGGAGAGACCGUUCUCCUGCUCCGAGUGUGGGAAAGGCUUCACCGUGUUAUCCAGCCUGAAGCAUCACCAGCGAGUUCACACCGGGGAGAAGCCGUACACCUGCUCCGAGUGCAGGAAGGGAUUCACUCAGUCGUCCAGUUUGCUGACACACCAGAGAGUUCACACUGGGGAGAAGCCGUACACCUGCUCUGAGUGUGGGAAAGGAUUCACUCAGUUUUCCAACCUGAUGAUGCACCAACGAGGUCACACCGGGGAGACGCCGUACACCUGCUCCGAAUGCGGGAAGGGAUUCACUGUGCUAUCUAACCUGAUAAGGCACCAGAGAGUUCACACCGGGGAGAAGCCAUACACCUGCUCCGAGUGUGGGAAAGGAUUUACCCAGCCAUCCAGCCUGAAGAAACACCAGCGCGUUCACACCGGGGAGAGACCGUUCUCCUGCUCAACGUGUGGGAAAGGCUUCACUGUGUUAUCCAGCCUGAAGUAUCACCAGCGCGUUCACACCGGGGAGAGACCGUUCUCCUGCUCCAUGUGUGGGAAAGGCUUCACUGUGUUAUCUGGCCUGAAGUAUCACCGGCAAGUUCACACUGGGGAGAAGCCGUACACCUGCUCCGAGUGUGGGAAGGGAUUCACUGUGUUAUGUAGCCUGACAACGCACCAGAGAGUUCACACCGGGGAGAAGCCGUACACCUGCUCCGAGUGUGGGAAGGGAUUCACUCAGUUAUCUGGCCUGAUGACGCAUCAGAGAAUUCACACUGGGGAGAAGCCAUACACCUGCUCCAUUUGUGGGAAAGGAUUCACUCAGUUUUCCAACCUGAUGACACACAAGCGAGUUCACACUGGGGAGAGACCGUUCUCCUGCCCAACGUGUGGGAAAGGAUUCACUGUGUUAUCCAGUCUGAUGACGCACCAGCGAGUUCACACUGGGGAGAGACCAUUCUCCUGCUCAAUGUGUGGGAAAGGAUUCACUCAGUCAUCCAACUUGCAGGCACACCAGCGAGUUCACACUGGGGAGAGACCGUUCACCUGCUCUGAGUGCGGGAAGGGAUUCCCUUUGUCAUCUCAGCUGCUGAAACACCAGCGAAUUCACACUACAGAGAAAGAUUAAACAUGCUGUAUACUCAAUUUCCAACCAUCACUGCUACUGAAAUCUAGCACAAAUUCACAAGUGUUGCAGGUGUUCAUAGGUGUCGGAUUCUGUCGACGCUGCUGAUCUCGCCCAGGAUUGAACCCUGCUCGUUGGGCACAGUUGAUUUUCUUUUGUAAUCUCUUUAACUGAGCUAAUGUUCUGGAUCUCUGAUUAAAAUA